UCUUGGUAACCCUAAAUCCUAUGAAUCUUAGGAGGUAUCCACACCGCGCGAUGAACUCAGGUAGUUCCUUUACCCCACUACGAGUAUAACUGGCUCACGGCUGCUGCUCCGAAAGACAGUUGCUAAAAAACCUCGUGCCUUCGCCAUGGAACCUCCACUGGAGAUGGAGUCGGCGGUCGGCGGUGAGAGUGUCGGGGUUUCCGUAUUCGAGGGCGCCGCCUGUCCGGGACCGGAGGAUUUGGUGGCCAGAGCAAUAGCCCCUGUAAAAUCCCAGUACUUGCGUGCUCCUCCUCCCAGGUCUGGCUCUCUUGGCAGUGCAGUCGUCGACAACGCCAACGAGAAGAGCAGUGUUCCGAAGGUAGUCGUUACGAAGGAAAAGAAAUCCCGGCGGCAGCUCAAGAGAGAACGAAAGCAGGAGCAAGAGUCUGCAAAAAAAAUUUGUCCUGAAAUUGCCAAAACUGGAAAUAUUGGUGCCUGCCGUUAUAAUGAUAAUUGUCGCUUUAGUCAUGAUUUGGAUGCAUAUUUGGCAGAGAAAUCACCGGAUUUGGAAGGGAUUUGUCCAUUCAUUAAUGUUGAUGAAACAUGUCCCUAUGGGAUAACUUGUAGAUAUUCAAAUACUCACAAACAAUGCACAUCAUUAAAGCCCAAUUCAUCUGCUAAGAGGAGCUCUGAGGUUAAUUGUCUAAAUAAAGAUCUGCAGAAGCUAUUGUGGAAGGAUAAAGUUAGUUUUCCUAAGGCAGAUUUUCAGCUCCAGCUCCUUGGUCUAAAGGUGGGUAAGAGUAAACAUAUGAACUCAGAAGCUGAUAUUGUUAAAGACCAUCAGGAAGCUGAUAACAAACAAGUGCUUUGCAGCUCUGAAUUUACACAAGACUGUUCUCCAACGUAUAUAGAAAAUGAAUGUUUGGGGAGUGAUUUUAUUUCUGAGGACCCCGCCAGACUCUUGAAGAAGCCAAAGAGUAAAUAUGAUGAGGGCAACUUUGAAUCAGAUAUUAGUCAUGGAACAAACCUUGAAAAAGAGAAAAUUCAAGAUGGUCAAGAUUGUAGCUUACAUAAUGGACAGGAUAGUGUUUCAUCUGACUACUUGUGUUCUGAAGUUGAAAGUCUGAAACCACAUGCUAGGGAAAGAAAGCUCAUUGACUUCAGAGGGAAGCUAUACCUCGCCCCCCUAACCACAGUUGGGAAUCUUCCCUUCAGAAGGAUAUGCAAAGGUUUGGGAGCAGAUAUUACAUGUGGGGAAAUGGCUAUGUGUACAAAUCUCUUGCAGGGACAGGCUUCAGAGUGGGCACUGCUGAGGCGGCACUUGUCGGAGGAUACUUUUGGUGUACAAAUUUGUGGUGCUUAUCCUGAUACUGUGGCACGUACUAUUGAGCUCAUCGACCGUGAAUGCACAGUUGACUUUUUUGACAUCAAUAUGGGAUGUCCAAUUGAUGUUGUUGUAAACAAAGGUGCUGGAUCUGCUCUAAUCAUGAAACCAAUGAGAAUGAAGAGCAUUAUUCAAGCUGCUGCGUCCACAGUUUUGACACCUUUGACAGUGAAGGUAAGAACAGGCUAUUUUGAAGGGAGAAAUCGCAUUGAUUCUCUAGUAUCAGAUAUAGGCAAAUGGGGAGCCUGUGUGUUGACUAUACAUGGUCGAUCACGACAACAACGAUAUAGCAAGCUUGCUGAUUGGGAUUACAUCUAUGAAUGUGCUAGAAAAGCCCCAGAUGAUCUGCAAAUUUUAGGGAAUGGUGACAUUUUCUCAUAUACUGACUGGAUCAAGCAUACAUCUGACUGCCCUCCACUUGCAUCCGGCAUGAUUGGUAGAGCUGCUCUAAUAAAGCCUUGGAUAUUUACUGAGAUUAAGGAACAAAGACAUUGGGAUAUUACAUCUGGAGAGAGAUUUAAUAUUCUAAAAGAUUUUGUACAAUUUGGCCUGCAACAUUGGGGCUCUGAUGCUAAAGGUGUGGAGACAACACGACAUUUCUUGUUGGAAUGGCUUAGUUACACAUGCCGCUAUGUACCAGUAGGUCUGUUAGAAAUCAUUCCCCAACGUAUAAACUGGAGACCACCCAGCUACUAUGGUCGAGAUGAUCUCGAGACCUUAAUGGCAUCUGAUUCAGCUGCUGACUGGAUUCGGAUAACUGAGAUGUUGCUUGGAAAAGUUCCUGAAGGCUUUAGUUUUGCACCUAAACACAAGUCUAACGCAUAUGACCGUGCUGAAAAUGGCUAACACAUGAGCACACAAAGCAUUCAAGAUCUCGGCGUUUGGCACAGUAAGCUUGAUGUUAGUUUCUUGAUUGUUCUCCUGUUGCUACUAUAAGAAUGCACACGCAAGUUUCAAGGGAAUGGGAAAAGAGUAACUGUAAAAUUUCCAAUGACCGGUUGGAGUGUCUGCCUGCAUCGGAUCACCUUUCAACUCUUCUAUUUACAAUGUAACUCAGAAUCUGUGCAUUGCUAAUGUUAGUACUAUUUAUUUUACGACUUUGAAAUAAUUUGUUUUCUAAUGAGGUUCAAGAUAUCAUGACUUUUACUUGCA